GAUUGACAGAUCGAUUUGUUGUUUACGUUUUCGUUUCGAUCUCUGAUGAAUCUUAAAUUUAAUAAAAUUAAAAUCUGUAAAAUUCAAAUUGUUUAAAAAAUGUCUGAAUAUAGUGUUGCUAAAAGCAGUAAAUUGGUGUUGAAAGGCGAAAGUUCCAAGGGAUCAAAACGUAAACACAAGAAGCACAAAAAAGACAAGGAUUCCUCGUCCAAACGGGCCCGCCCGGAGGUUGACGAGGACGCCCUGAAGCACGGCGGCUGGUGGAAGAUUGCUAAAACGACCGACAUUACCGGCUCGGUGGCGAUUCAGUUCGGCAAACGCGCCUACAUCAAAGCCCUGGACAACGGACUUUUUACGCUGGGCGCCCCGCACGACGAGGGCGAUGGGCCCCAUCCGGAGGAAAUCUUCACGGCGGUGCUGAUCAACGAGGACAAGGUCGCGUUCAAGUCCGGGUACGGCAAAUACCUCAAGGUGGAAAAGGAUGGCAUUAUUACGGGCCGGUCGGAUGCCGUGUCCGCGGUCGAGCAGUUCGAGCCGGUCUUCGAGGGGGGCAAGAUGGCGCUGCUGGCCGCCAACGGGUGCUUCGUUUCGGUCGAUCCGGAAGAUGACGCGGUGGUGGCGCUGAAGAAGAAAGUGGGCGACAACGAGGUUUGCGUGGUGCGGAGUUGCGCCGAACGUGAGCAGAAAAAUACAAAGGAGGUGGCGGUUGAGGAGGAGGGCGAUCUGGACCAGGUGGAGAUCAACUAUGUGAAAAAGUUCCAGAAAUUCCAGGACAAGAAGCUGCGAGUCAACACGGAGGACAAGACCACGCUGAAGAACGCCCGAGACGAGGGAACGCUCCACGAGGCGCUUCUGGACAGACGCAGCAAAAUGAAAGCUGAUCGUUACUGCAAAUGAAGUGAAAAAAAAUACUUUGUUUAGCUUACUUCGACUUUUUUUAUUCACCAAACUCUAUCUAUAUCAUUGCGAUGCAUCUCCUCUCACAGUUCAAUUGUCUUGUUGUUUGAAAAUACAAUUGCUUUUUUUCCGGUAAAAAAACGCGCCGUUUUAUCCAUCCUUUCUUACGUUAAUCUCUUUGUAUUCUGUGUGUUUGUGUGUGGAAUUUGUUUCAUUCUACCUUUUCAAUUAAUUUUGUGACUGCGUGAAUUUCUCCUAACAUGCAAUUUUUACUUAUUUUUUUCUCGUUAGCUGAAAUAGGGAGGCCUUCAAUGAUUAUUAGAUGAUUUUGUUUGAUAGAUAGUAUUACGGAUUAGCCAAAAUGUUGCCCGAACCUUUAAUUAUUUGCUGAAUAUGUGUGUUUUUGUGUGUUGCAUCCUUUCCGAAAACUAUUCAAGUCUUUCCAUUUUAGUAUUAGUUAUUAUAUACGUUGGUAUUAUCCUUCUCCUCCCCUUCCGUCAACUGUUGAGUCCGUACGGCGGCGCGGCGCUUCAGAACCUCCCACCCCUCGACCGGUUCCACGCGACGUGACAGUGCCCUAUUUGGUAUGCUAAAAAGUAUGUUAUAAUUCGUAACGGGACAAACAAAAGUCGGAUUCUACUGGCGCUCGAGAGAAACAAAAAGAAAA